AUGGAAUCCGCAGAGGAAGAGAUCUUCGCGCUGUCCACCUCUUCCGCAUCUGAUGCAGAAUUUGAUGCUGUGGUUGGAUCCAUAGAAGACAUAGUUGUGGAUACCAAGUUCCAGGAACUGCAGCAAAGUUUCAUGGACAAAUACUACCAGGAAUUCGAAAACUCGGAAGAGGAUAAAACCACCUACACAUCAAUUUUUCGUGAGUAUCUUUGUUCCAUAGAAAAAUACAUUGAAGAGCAGAUGCUGAAGCGGAUUCCCAAGUUUAACAUGGCAGCUUUCACUGCAACGUUAAAAUACCAUGAAGAAGAAAUCACUGGUGACAUACUGGACAUGCUGCUCACCUUCACAGACUUUCUGGCCUUUAAAGAGAUGUUUCUGGACUACCGAGCAGAAAAGGAAGGCCGGGGCCUUGACUUAAGCAGCGAUUUAGUGGUGACUUCUUUGUGCAAAACAUCUACCAAGCCAACUUUCCAGAAUGAUUUUGGGCACUAG